UGCAAAGUUCCACGAACCCCCUGAUUCCCCAUCUGCUUCUUUAAGCUUGGCCUAGUCACUAGACCCGCCGUUGCUGUGGACUUGUCUCCUAGGCGCAUCCUGUUUUCGCGCGAAACUCCCGACUUGCUGGGCCCCGACUCUUAACCCUUCUGCAAAAGAAAUUUGUGCUGCUGCUCCCUCGACCCGCUGUCACCGUUGGGAUAGCUUCGAUCACCGUCUCGAACCCCCUUCCCUUCCACAAAGGUAGAUCCUCAGAUAGAAUCCUCCAGGAUGGCUUCAAAGUUUCUACGAGAAUACAAACUGGUGGUUGUUGGUGGUGGUGGUGUCGGAAAGUCUUGCUUGACAAUUCAAUUGAUUCAGAGCCAUUUCGUGGAUGAAUAUGAUCCGACAAUUGAAGAUUCAUACCGUAAGCAGUGCGUCAUCGACGAUGAAGUGGCUCUAUUGGACGUCCUAGAUACCGCUGGCCAGGAGGAAUAUUCGGCCAUGCGUGAACAAUAUAUGCGAACCGGCGAAGGUUUCCUCUUGGUUUACUCGAUAACAUCCCGGCAAUCAUUCGAAGAGAUCAUGACAUUUCAGCAACAAAUUCUCCGAGUGAAGGACAAGGAUUACUUCCCCAUAAUUGUCGUUGGCAACAAGUGCGAUUUGGAAAAGGAAAGGGCGGUCACAGAGCAAGAGGGUGAGGCCCUGGCACGACAAUUCGGCUGCAAGUUCAUCGAAACAUCCGCAAAGUCUCGCAUCAACGUUGAGAACGCAUUCUACGAUCUCGUCCGUGAGAUUCGCCGAUAUAACAAGGAAAUGUCCUCCUACCCGUCCGGCUCCGGAGCAUUCGGUGCCCGCGCACCAGAAGGCAAGAUGGAUGUCAGCGAGCCUGGUGAGAGCGCCGGUUGCUGCGGGAAAUGUAUUGUUAUGUAAUUGGGCAGGCGCUGGGUUUUAAAAGGAUGCAAACACGCAAGUUGAGAAACGAAAAGAAAUAUUUCACAUAAAUAAGAAGCCCCCCGACUAAAGAGAGAUUAGCGACAGGAAAAAGACCACUGCCUCGGAGCGGAGUGUGUGGCGCUUGUCGACGCGUUGUGGAUUGUGACUUUUAUACCAUACGAGGCUCGCUAUCGGAUGAUGUCUGCUUUCACCAUCAUGCCGUCAUCUUCUCCAUGAACGUUCGAUUCCCCCUUUGUUCCUCUGUUUGAUUUAAUAUUUUAUUUUAUUUAUUUAUUUAUUUAUUUUGGAAAGAUUUAUGAUUCCUCGUCGGACUACGAGGUACGGACGUG